UCAAGCGAUUCCCCCUCCUCGGCCUCCCAAAGUGCUGGGAUUACAGACGUGAGCCACCAUGCCUGGCCCAUUGCCCUGUUUUGAAAGAGCUGGACCGUCAUUCCCACUCUGCAGGAGACCUCUGAGAAGGUCUUCCUUACAUUUAACUUGAGUCCAGGCUUUCCAAAUGGAGAUGGAAGUUCUUUCUAUGGUCUGACUUCAUUCUCUUCUUUUGCAGUGCCUGGUAUUGGAUAGGAACUUUAUGGAAUGGAGCUAAUGGGCCCUAGGGCAGGUUCCAGUUGUGCUACCCUGGAGGGGAAGGUGGAGGGUAGGGAUAAGGUAGGGGAUAUCUUCCUAGAAGUUCUGAACUUACUGCCAUUCCUACAUUCCCCAGCGUCCUUUAGCAGUGAGCACUUCCUGAAACUUUCUCCCUCCACCCCCCCUGCUGGAUUUUCCAUGAUGAAAAGGGGCGGGGUAAGGGAGGUUGGGAUUCUGAGAACCCAGUGCCCAGGGCUCAAUGUCCAGUGCCUGCCCAAAGCAGCCAGUACUACUGGCUCUAAGGCCUUCUUUCCCUCCCUGUCUCAUCUCAGCUGGGUCCCUUCUGUGCUCAUCUUGUCUUUGGCAAAGGCUGAGAAGACUGGUUCUCACUUCCAGGGGGUGGAGCACCUGAUUCCAAUCUUGCAGCAGGGAAGAAGAGUCUGUGAAGAAGUGCGUGAUGACGCAUUCCUUAGGGUCUUUGGCUGGGCCUUGGGAUGGAUGCUGUGGCAGUACCUUUACCUCAGCUGUAAAGUUACCAAUGGAGAGACUGGGACUCAAAGAGGAACUUGAUUGGACCCCAGAGAGGUGAAGGGUAAGGGCUAGAACCUCACACAUGCUGGUUUUGCUGCUGCCUGGCAGGCCCAUGAGAGGAACUUUAAGGUUCCAAGGAAUUGGAAAAGGGUCACAAGAUGGGUGGUCCAACUCCCAGCUCUGGCUUGAUUUCUACUCUCAAACUGGGGAUAGUGGGGAAGGGAGCUGCAGGAAGGAAGCUGAUGAGAAAGGCUGAGAAUAAGAAGUUAUGCAGGAGGUAGCUUGGUGGGAGUGAAACAAAAAUGAAAGGUUCAUGGGCCAGCCAGGCAUCCUGAUUUCCAGCUCACAGCAGCAGGAGCUUCAGAGAGGAGGGAGAAGGGGAGGAGGAGAAAGCCAGGUUGAUAUUAAUAAAGGCCAAAUAAUUUCAGGAACACCUCUGGCCUCCCUCCACACAGGUUUUCUUACCUUGACUAUGCAGAGGGUGGUCCAUCUUGGCACUGAAGGUGGAACCCCCUCUUCCAUGGUCUGGGGUGACCCCGUGCCUGUUACUGAAUGUGCUCAGAUCCUUGGGGUGCAGGGACUGUAGGGGGAGGAUUUGAAGGUGUGGGAUUGUCCUGGCUGAAGACCACUGGGUCAGGAGAACUCCAGUAGAGGGUUUGGGUGCUGGGAACCAGGAAGAGUGGGGGAAGGGGCAGAGCCAACUCCAGAGGCGGAUCUCCUGGCUGAGGACAGAGGGUGUAUUGUCCAAGCAGGAGGUUGCUGCAGCUGGGCGGGGAGCAGCUCAGCUCAUCUCUUCCAAAUUUCUUUUGGGGGAGGGUAAGGGAAGGCAAGUCCCUCUUUACUUGUGGCCCUGGGGGCUACAAUGGUUGCGGAGAAACAAGGCUUAUUUGACAAAUAAUGCUUCCCAGGA